AUGGUCUCUCUCAAUCACACACAAUUCCAUCCCUACUUUUUUCUUCUUCUGGGAAUUCCAGGCCUGGAGGAUGUACAUAUAUGGAUUGGAUUUCCAUUUUUUGUUGUGUAUUUGACUGCUCUUCUGGGAAAUAUUACAAUUCUUUCUGUGAUUCAGACUGAACACAGUCUCCAUCAGCCCAUGUUCUACUUCCUGGCCAUUCUGUCAUCUAUUGACCUGGGCCUGUCCACAUCCACCAUCCCCAAGAUGCUUGGAAUCUUUUGGCUUAACCUGAGAGAAAUAUUAUUUGAGGGAUGUCUCACCCAGAUGUUCUUCAUCCACCUGUGCACAGGCAUGGAGUCAGCGGUGCUUGUGGCCAUGGCCUAUGAUCGCUAUGUGGCCAUCUGUAACCCUCUUCGCUAUACAUUGGUGCUGACGAACAAGGUGGUGUUCAUCAUUGCUUGGACCAUCCUCCUGAGACCGUUGGUUCUUGCCAUACCCUUUGUCUUUCUCAUCUUACGGUUACCAUUUUGUGGGCACCAAAUUAUCCCGCAUACAUACUGUGAGCAUAUGGGCCUUGCUCGCCUGUCCUGUGCCAGCAUCAAGGCCAACAUCAUCUAUGGCUUGUGUGCCAUCUCUAACCUGAUAUGUGACAUUAUAGCCAUUGUCAUUUCCUAUGUCCAGAUCCUUCGUGCUGUGUUUCGACUAUCUACUCAGGAUGCCAGGCUCAAGGCACUCAGUACCUGUGGUUCUCAUGUUUGUGUUAUGCUUUCGUUCUAUACACCAGCAUUUUUCUCUUUUAUGACCCACCGAUUUGGCAGAAAUGUUCCCCGAUACAUCCAUAUUCUUCUUGCUAAUUUUUAUGUUGUUAUCCCACCUGCUCUUAACCCUGUUAUUUAUGGUGUUAGAACUAAGCAAAUCAAAGAGAGGGUAGUUAUGGCCAUCAGAAAUAAGCUAUAA